AUGCCAGCCAUAACACCAGCACAGCUUUCAGUGCUCCAGCAUAAUACAAAAAAUAUCAGGAAUAUUUGUAUUCUUGCUCACGUUGACCACGGCAAAACAACACUGUCUGACUCGCUAUUGGCAACCAACGGCAUUAUUUCCUCGAAAAUGGCAGGCAAAGUAAGAUAUCUGGAUUCUCGCGAAGACGAGCAAGAAAGAGGCAUUACAAUGGAAUCUAGUGCCAUUAGUUUAUAUUUUAAGCUUGUCAGAUCUGUUACUUCAGAAGAGGCGCAGUUAAAGACAGUAGAAAGUGAAUACCUCAUCAAUUUGAUUGAUUCCCCGGGUCAUGUUGAUUUCUCUUCUGAAGUAUCUACUGCUUCUCGAUUAUGUGAUGGUGGUCUUGUCUUAAUCGACGUGGUAGAAGGUGUUUGUACACAGACAAUUUCUGUUUUGCGUCAAGCAUGGAUUGAUAAAGUAAAGCCAAUUUUGGUGUUUAAUAAAAUGGAUCGAUUGAUUGUUGAAUUGCAAAUGACACCUCAUGAAGCCUAUAUCCACAUGAAUAAGAUUCUAGAACAAGUCAAUGCUAUCAUGGCAACAUUCUUCACAGGAGAUUUGAUGGAAGAUGAAGCAAGAAAGAUGGCAGAGACACAAAAGGAAGAAGAAGAGUUUGAUCCCAACAAAGUUUAUGAUUGGAGUGUAGAAGAACGCGAUGAUUCUGAUAUUUACUUUGAUCCUGCAAAGGGAAAUGUUAUUUUUGCCAGUGCUGUCGAUGGCUGGGCCUUUAGAGUUCAACAGUUUGCUUCUCUUUAUGCAAACAAACUUGGCUUUAAAGAAGAAGUUUUACAGAAAUGCUUAUGGGGUGAAUAUUACUUUGAUCCAAAGGCCAAACGUGUUAUUUUACCAAAACAUCUCAAGGGUAGAAACUUGAAGCCUAUGUUUGUUCAAUUUGUACUUGAAAACAUCUGGGCAGUUUAUACCAAUGUCGUUAUCGAGCCUGAUCGUGAAAAGGUGGAAAAGAUUGUAGGUGCAUUGAAAAUUAAGGUUCUGCCUAGAGAUUUGCGUUCUCGCGAUCCUCAAAUUUUACUUUCUGCUAUUUUCUCUCAAUGGCUUCCACUCUCUACUUGUGUUCUUUUGGCCAUUAUUGGUCAGUUACCGCCUCCUAAAGAAGCUCAGCGCAUCCGUAUUCCUAAAAUGUUGUAUCCCAAUGUGCAUCACAAAGAUAAAGAGCCUCUCGAACCUACAAAUAAUAUCGAAAAAGCAUUGUACAGCUGCGAUGUUUCUGAUGAAGCUCCUGUAGUUGCCUAUAUCAGUAAAAUGUUUGCUGUCCCUGUUGAAUUGUUGCCAGAAAAUCGUCGAAAGCAAAUGACAGCCGAAGAAAUGAGAGAACGCGGUCGCCAACAACGUGAGCUUCGCAACCAACAAGCUCUGCUGGAUCAAUCUGGUGAAGGCAUUCCUAUCAACAACGUUGUAGAAGAAGAAGAGCAAGAACAAGAAAGUGAACUGUCUGAAGAACCCAAAGGUGAAAAACUAGUUGGUUUUGCUCGCCUUUAUAGUGGCUCUAUUCGUGUAGGCCAAAGACUGUAUGUUAUGGGACCCAAAUACGAUCCUAAAUACCCUAAAAAGCACGUUUCUGAAAUUGUUGUACAAAGCUUGUAUUUAAUUAUGGGUCGUGAUCUGGAGUCUCUAGAUGAAGUGUGUGCUGGUAAUGUCUUUGGUAUUGGUGGUUUAGAAGGUCAUAUUCUUAAAAACGGUACUUUGGCUAGUACUUUAGAAGAUGCUCGUAAUAUGGCUGGCGUUAAAAUGGAGACUUCUCCUAUCGUACGCGUUGCUUUAGAACCUGAAGACCCUACUGAAAUGGACAAACUUGUUGAAGGCCUGCGCUUGCUGAAUCAAGCCGAUCCUUGUGUUGAAGUACUAGUACAAGAAACGGGCGAACAUGUUAUUUUGACAGCUGGUGAACUGCAUUUAGAGCGUUGUUUGCGUGACUUGAAGGAGCGAUUUGCCAAGAUUGAAAUUCAUGCUUCAGAGCCUAUUGUUCCCUUUAGAGAAAGUAUUGUGCGUGCUGAUUUAGCUGUCAACAAAGAGAAAGAAGGUGUAAUGGUUCCUCGAGGUCGUGUAGAGAUCAAGAUUAAUUCUAAGCUUAUGACUCUAAAAGUUCAAACAGUGCCUUUGCCUACUCGAGUCACUGAGUUUUUGACAAAACAUUCUGCAUCUAUUAAGGCAGUUGUUGAUGAGAAGAUCGCCAAAAAGAACCAUAAACGUGAAGAUGAUGACGAUGAAGAAACAGGGGACGCGUCGCCAUUGAAUGCCAACAACUUACUGAAUACAGAAGAGCUUGAACAACAACUUCGACAUGAGUUUGCUGAAGCAAAGAAAGAAGGAGGUCCUUUUACCUCCUUAUGGGAUGACAUUGUUGAUCAUAUCUGGGCUUUUGGUCCUCGUCGUAUUGGUUCCAACUUGUUGAUCAACCGUAUUCCUGGCUAUGUCAGAAAACCCUUUUUCCAAGUAGAUUCAAAGAAGAGUACUGAAGUCGCUGUCGAUCAUGCUGAUGAAGUAAUCAAAGUAGAUGAUGAUAAUGAUGCACUCUCUAUUCUAGAUGUGGACUUCCAUAUCCACACUGGUUUCCAAUUGACUACAUUGACUGGCCCUCUUUGUGCAGAACCAAUGACUGGUGUUUGUUAUAUUGUCCAAGGUGUUGAAUUUCAUCCUGAAGAAUUAGUUUCUUCAAACGGAGAACAAGUCGAUGUUCGCUCUCGUCUCCAUACUGUUCAAGGCCAAGUUAUUGCUGCUGCCAAAGAAGCUUAUCGUCAAGGUUUCUUGGAUUGGUCUCCUCGUCUGCUUUUAGCUAUGUAUACAUGUGAUAUUCAAGCUAAUGCAGAAGUACUUGGUCGUGUCUAUGGUGUUAUUUCUAAGCGAAAGGGUAAGAUUGUCUCUGAAGACUUGAAGGACGGUACAUCAUUCUGGCAAAUCAAAGCUUUAUUGCCUGUGAUUGAAAGUUUUGGUUUCUCUGAUGAAAUUCGAAAGAGAACAUCUGGUGCUGCUAGCCCACAGUUGGUGUUUAGUGGAUUCGAUUUACUAGAUGAAGAUCCAUUCUGGGUUCCUACUACUGAAGAAGAGUUGGAGGAUUUAGGUGAGAAGGCUGAUAAGGAGAACUUGGCUAGAAAAUAUAUGGACACUGUCCGAAAAAGAAAGGGAAUGUUUGUCGAAAAGAAACUGGUUGAACAUGCUGAAAAGCAAAGAACAUUGAAAAAGAAUUAG